AUGUUGCACUGUUGGCGGUGGUUCAUGCAGCGCAUGGGACGACGUGGGCAGCGGGGGCCUGUUGCUGCUGUUGACAUGCAGGAGGUCAUGCGACAAUAUCUCUCGGCCCUUCCGUGUCCUCCGUGCCCGUACUUGGCUCCGCAGCAUGUGCUUCGCCUGGUGCCUGCGCAGCCACGAUCAGCAGCCGCUAUUUGGCGUGAGGCCGUGCGGACAGGCAUGAUGCCGCAGAAAAUUUCAUCCGAAUCGUUUCGAAGCGCGCUGAUGCAGUUGUCCCCUUUGCUUCUUUCUGUCAAGAGGUCGGUGUUGGACGAGGGUGAAGAGGACAUGCUGGUGUCUUGGCAGCCCUGGGUGCCAUUGGAGUCUCGCAGCUGCAACGGUGCAGAGAGGCACGCCGAAGAAGGACCUGCAGAUGGUGGUGCGAAUUCACACCUGAUGAAGUUGGAACUGCGCGAUGUUGUGCCCUCGUACUUUGUUGCCUCGGCCCUCGUUCGGGAUCAGCUGCAGUUGAGGCUAAACCGUGGUGUCGGGGGCGAGUUGCUGCGGUGGCAGCAGCUCACACACCCGCCUCUUGCAUCCCUGCUGGAGUGGUCGGAGGAUUACCGCGUUGUCCGCUUGUCCGCCCUUGCAAGCGGUUGCUCAAGAGCCGAUGAUCUCUACAGUCUAAAGUCACAGCCGGAGUUGUUGCAUGACGCCUUGAACGCCUUGGUCUUGCUGCUACCAACCUUUAUCGUCCCGGAACGUCGCGUGCAAGCCGUCUACAGGUCCCACUUUGUGGAGGUUCGCGGUGUCUUUCACAGCAAGUUUGGUCCACGGUUUCUCUCGCGCUUCCCUGACGCCUCUGCGCUGACGGAUCACCCUGAUGUGCAGUUCGCGCUGCAGCGUGAAACAGCGGAUGGCAUGAGACUUCAUCCCGAUUUUUUACACGCCAACCGUGGGGCGCCAAAUUUUCUCUACGUCUCAUUUCCUUCAGCAGGCGAUGUUGUCACUGAAAUUGACGCGCGAAGCAGGCACCAGCGGCACGUACGCCAGUUUCUUCACGCACCACUGCCGUACUGUGCUUCGGGCAAGGCUGCUGCGAUGCUGCGUCAAAUGUCACAAGAAAAACUGCUGGGGUUGCAUUUCGUGUUGGAGGCUGACCAGGACCAGUGGAAACUCGCCGUCGCAACGAUUCCUGGUGACGUAAUCACCUUUACUGGUGCUGUUUCCUCUCUUCAUCGUUUGAGCGUCGCGGGCGUUUCUGCGGGCGGGCUCCCCACGGAAGUCGUUCAUGCGCUGACGUCGCCCCAGUUUAUUAAAAUCCUGCUCAUCGACUCACCCCAUAUGGGGGAGUGGGGCUCAGAGGGUGGUAGGCGUGUGAUGUCGUUUCUGCGCCACCACCUAAAGGUGGAGGCGCAGCUGGUUUGCAGCCUCUGGAAGUGGGCUUUGUUCGUUGGUCUUCCUGUUCGACCACCGUCGACGGUGUCGGUGGCGUACUGCCGGCAUCUGCUCGCACGGCUGGGUGUUGCGGUGGCGCCGAGCACACCAACGGCCUUGUUGGCCGCGCUUUGUGCCUCUCGUCUUUUGACGCUUCACGAAUCGGAGGGUUACCGUCUUGACAUGGACGUGUUGCGGCAGCUGUUGACGGCGGAUGACGCUGAGGCGUGGCAGAUGCGAAAUCUUGAGCUGCGCAUCAAGCGCUACGGGUUGGUGCCUCGUGAGGCGGCAGCCCAGUCCCAGUCGCGUCAAAUACUUCUGCAGCAUCUUUCCUCGCUCUACGGGCCCGAGGUCUGUAUUUUGGACCUCCACUCAACCCCGGCUUUCUCUACGGCCGCCGCAGGCGAGGACGCGCCGGAGGAGCGCCAGCCCAUCGAGGCAAAGCCAAGUAAGAGGGAGGUAGAGGUGGGGGUGGGGGAGGAUAUCGUGGAAGCGUCGGGUGCAGUUUCUGAUGCCCAACGCGUGGGCCAGCAAAAUACAGAGGAAGAGUGGGAGGCAAAGGCAGUGCUUCCAGACCCCGACACAGAGGCGGUGAAGAAGGAGGAGGUGGAUGAUGAGGAAGUCUUCAGUGCCAUGUUUGCUGCUGAUGACGCCGGUGUCGUGCCAGCCACACCUGCAGCGACGACGCCCGCAGCGGCCCCGCGUUUAGCCAAGGAGAGCCCUCUGCACAACGAUGUCACGGCUGUUCCCGUGCGGGACGAGUCACGUUUUCUUUUGUCCCCGCCAGACGCUGCGCCAGGUCGUGAAAAGCACUUUCGCAGUGAUCGACGUGGACCUCGGCCACUUCCCCCACCGUUUACUAUUUCACAUUCGACAGGUUCAGCCCGACGCGGCUCAGUCGCUGCACCUCACACACCCUCUUCCGCUACUUCGGCUUCCCCAGUGGAGGUGUCGCAUAGCCGGCAUGUGGAGGAGGUGGAGACCGAGGGAGAACUCAUCAGCCGUCUCACACGUGAGAUUUCGUGCGAAAGUCAGCUCUCACCCCGCAAAGGAAGCGGACGAGAGGCUCACGCGGCAAAUGCCGUUUUGCUGAAGAAGACACGGGACUUAAUGGAGGAGUUGCUCCGCAACACCAUGAAGAAGUAA